ACAGAACCAGGCUGAGCUGGCAGUCACCCACGACCCCACUUCCCUGCUAUGAUGGCCCGCCUGUAGCAGGUUACAGAACCCCCGCGGGGAUGUAGGCAGAGUAGCGGCAGCCAGGUGCGUGGAGCCGCAAGAGCUCUAGGGCACUCUGGGGGCAGUUCUGCCUGCUGCGCUCUCUGGUGCCGGGGAAUGCCCAACUGCCAGGCGAGCUGGUAAGGAUAAGAACGUUCCCUUUUGGCCCGAGUCCGCUGCAUCCAUGGCGCUGCUGGCCAGUCUGGUGCUCCUGUGCUGCUUGGCACUUCUGACGCUGCCAGCCCAGAGCUGCGGCCCGGGCCGGGGGCCGGUUGGCCGGCGCCGCUACGUGCGCAAGCAGCUUGUGCCGCUGCUCUACAAGCAAUUUGUGCCCAGCGUGCCCGAACGGACCCUGGGCGCCAGUGGGCCAGCCGAAGGUAGGGUUGCCAGGGGCUCCGAGCGCUUCCGGGACCUGGUGCCCAACUACAAUCCUGACAUCAUCUUCAAAGAUGAGGAGAACAGUGGCGCAGACCGCCUGAUGACCGAGCGAUGUAAGGAGCGAGUGAACGCGCUGGCCAUUGCUGUGAUGAACAUGUGGCCGGGAGUGCGCCUACGGGUGACGGAGGGCUGGGAUGAGGACGGCCACCACGCUCAGGACUCGCUCCACUACGAAGGCCGUGCCUUGGACAUCACCACGUCUGACCGCGACCGCAACAAGUAUGGGUUGCUGGCGCGCCUGGCCGUGGAAGCCGGCUUCGACUGGGUGUACUACGAGUCCCGCAACCACGUCCACGUGUCGGUCAAAGCCGAUAACUCCCUGGCGGUCAGGGCGGGCGGCUGCUUUCCGGGAAAUGCCACCGUGCGCCUGCGGAGUGGCGAGCGGAAGGGGCUGCGGGAACUGCAUCGCGGAGACUGGGUGCUGGCGGCAGACUCCGCGGGGCGGGUGGUGCCCACGCCGGUGCUGCUCUUCCUGGACCGGGACUUGCAGCGCCGCGCCUCUUUUGUGGCUGUGGAGACCGAGAGGCCCCCCCACGCGGUGCUGGAGAGUCACCAGUGGGCACACCGCGCCUUUGCUCCUUUGCGCCUGCUGCACGCGCUGGGGGCGCUGCUUCCCGGAGGGGCGGUCCAGCCGACGGGCAUGCACUGGUACUCCAGGUUCCUCUACUGGUUGGCGGAGGAGCUGCUGGGCUGAGCGUUCUGGACUUAGUAACCUCGAGGCACCCGCCGGAACCAGGGCCUGGGGGCUGAGAUCUAGGGAUGUGGGCAGCGAAUGAUGUUGAUUGGGCGGGAGGGAGGGAGGAAAAGGGAGAAAAAUGGAGGCGAUUCGGGACUGCCUAGUUUAGGGGCAACCUCCUAGGGAAGAGGUGCUCCCAGGUCCUAGGUAGGUGGGAUUGAAAGUGGGUACUCCUUGACCAAGUCUAUUUCGCCUCUUCUUCCCCAGUGCCCCAGUCCCACCCGAUAAUUUUAUUUUCUAUUUAUAAAUCAUAAUAUAAUGAUCUGCUUGCCCAGCCUGGCAAGGUGAGGGGCUGGGGCACAGGCACGGCGUUAACACUGUCUUACACAGCCAGUCAAUCUGUCGUCUGACAUUUUCCUACAGGCGGGCUAAUAAAGGGAAAGUUUCCGGGA